CUGAUAUUUGAUCAGGGUGCGCGGAGGAGGAAAAGGAAGUCGUUCCCGUAAAUUGCUAGGGUUUUUUUUUUCUGUAACCUGUUGUGCAGCAGUCGGUGUCGGUAAAAUAUCAUUUUUACCUUUUUAUCGGCGGUUUCAAAGCUCGCAACUGGUACGUAAACACAUAGUUAAUACUCAUUCGACUAAGGACGGUAGGGGAAGACAGGAUUGUCGUCGACAAGAUGUCCGUCUCUGUGACUACCGCCAAUGGACUCGUCAUCGUCACCCAAGUCUUUAAACAGGGAGAGCAGCUCAACAUCCCCAUGAACUCCAUUGCCGCACCUGCAGUACCUGCUGCAGCGAAACCAGUGGAGUCUGUUGAACCAUCGAGCCCCGUGUCCCCGAUGACAAAGAAAUUCCUCCAGGGUCAACCAAAACAACUGGGGAUUGUGCAGAUCAUCACUGGGCUCGUGAUCGUCGCUCUGGGCUUCAUGUUAGUCUGGCAGAACCCUAUGUGGGGUGCCCCAAUAUGGUCUGGAUCAGUGUUCGUCCUGUCUGGAAUCAUCUCUGCCAUUGCGCACAGAGGAACCCGGCCCUGCCUGAUCAAAUGCACCCUGGCGCUGAACGUGCUCAGCUGCGUGGCGGCCGUCGCGGCGAUCGCCAUCGUCACCGUUCACCUGAUCACCGUGCGGCCGGGCGUCAGCGGCUGCGAGGAAAACCGCGAAUCGAGCUACUACUCGGACUACGGCAGGGACAACUACUACUACAUGUGCCAGGAGAUGUUCUGGAAGUACACGAUCGUGUUGGACGGCGUGCGGGGGCUGCUGCUCGUCCUGUCCGCGCUCCAGUUGGCCGUCGCUGUGUCCGGCGCCGUUUACGCCGGCCGGGCCAGCUGCUCCAGCUCCUCCCCCAAGCCGAUGGUUGUGGUGAUCGAGAAGCCAGCGAUCGGCGCUGGGGACCACUAUGGCAGCGAUGAGGCUCUCCUGGGCAGCGACGACGCCCCCGGCAACCCUCCACCCUAUGACGCCUGAGGCCCCGCCCCCUGGGAACUGGCUGCUUAGCGACGUCCGCACGCCGUGCUCAGAUGUUCUGUUGUAUCAGCUUUCCUGCUGCUUUCAAGUGCCUUGAGGUGGUGUCUGGGAAUCUUAUUCAGAUGAUGUGACGCUCUCACGUCGACUGUGGGUUUUUUUAGUUUUUUUUUUACACUUACUGAUUUUAGUGCUAUUCUGAUUGAGCGGGUGACGGUUUUUCCCCACACUGGUCAAAACCGAAAGCAAUUUUUAGAUCGUCCUGCUCACAAAGCUUAUGUUUUCGUUUGUUUUUGCAGUCUAGUCUCACCCUUGUCUUCUGUAGUCGAAGAGGAAUGUGUGCACUUAAAAAAAUGUAGACAACAUUGCAAAAAUGUUAAGGUAAUGGUAAAUGGUAAAUCUUUAAACAUAUCUGUGUGAUUUUAUAUGACCGAUGAGUGUUUUCCUUCAUGCUGAUUUGUUUAUAAUAAAGAUGCACUUGUGAACAAUUGGC